AUGCCAAAAACGCCUCCCUCUUUGCGCGGAGGCGGAGGAGGUAAAGGAGGAUUCAGAGGAAAGAAGAAAAAGAAGAGCAAAGGCCCGCAACUCCCGAAAUACGUUCAAGAGCAGCUGGCGAGUCGAGAAAAAGCGGCGGAGGCGGAGUCGUCUGAUGGUUUCGGGAGUGCGAAUUUCCGUUUCCGAGGAAAAAAAAGCGAUGUCGACGGCGGCGGCUUUGAAGUUGAUGAUCACGACGACGAUGAAAAAGACGGGAAAGAAUACGGACGAAGACAAAGAGGAGGAUUCGAAGGUCUCGGAGGACGGUCGUCGUCGUUGUCCAGAAAACAAAAGAGGGCGGAGAUGAAACACGAAAAGAAGAUGAACAAGAAGCGACGGUUUGAGACUUUGAGCGCGAAGAAGACGAAGACGAAAGCGAAAGCGACGCUGCCGGCGAAGAGAGACGACGAGAAAACGAAAACGAAGAAAAAGAAGAAAGAAAAGACGGCUCCUUUGGAGAAGGAAAGUAAGAGUAAAAAGAACACGGGGAAAGAAAAGAAGAUGGCUCCCGCCGACGGUGCGCGCGGCGUCGGCGGCAUGCGACAAAGUUUACUCGACGCGUAUAAAGAAGACGAGUUCAACGCGAAACAGUUGGAAAAGAAGAUGGGGAAGAAGAAAAUCGAGGAUGGGUUGGAUUUGUUCAUCGAAGGGUUGCCAGGGCUAGAGUUGUUAGGUGGUGGUGGUGGUGGUGGAAGUAGCGGAAGCGAUGAUGAAUCGGAGGAGGACGAUUCGGACGACGCGAUGAGCGAGGAGGAAGAGUACUCGUCUUCGUCGGAGGAGGAAGACGAGGAACAAGAAGAAGACGAGGAAGAUGAAGAUGCAUUAGAAGCUGCGCACGCGAACUUUAUGCCGUCGGCGACGAAAUACGUGCCCCCAGCGCAGCGCGCCGCGAUGAAAGCAGCGGCGGAAGCUGCAACUGCGACGGAGAACUACAACAAAAUUAAGAAGAGUAAGACUGCCAGAGACAUCGACGACCCUUCGUUUGAAACGCAAAGAAGAAUUAUACGCGGUUUGCUCAACCGUCUCGGUGAAGCGAAUGUUGCAAAUAUCGUGGCCGAAAUCUCCGCCGUGGCGAGAGAACACCCGCGGAAAACCGUCGGCGAUUGCGUCAGCGAAGAGCUGGUGCGCAAAGCGCUCGCUGAAGGACCAAAAGCCUCGGAGAGUUAUUGCGCAGCGAUUGCAUGCUUAGUCGCGGGAUGUAGCGGUGAGAUUGGUCCAGAGUUUGCCGCUCGAUUUGCAGCAAACGUGUGCGAACAAUUCGAGCGCGAACGACUGAACGAUGAGUCUUCUCGACCGGCGUCGAACUUAGCCUUGUGUUUAGCCAAGCUGUACAACAUCGGUUUGUUCCCAAGUUCAGUCGUUUACGGGUGCUUGAUUUCCCUGGCAAAGACGCUCUCGGAAAUGGAUGCUGGUUUGACGCUUACUAUUUUGAAAGUCUCCGGAGGGAAACUUCGCGGCGAAGACCCGGUGGGUAUGAAAUCAUACAUCGACGCGUUGAGCGAAACCGCUCGUGCGUUGAAAAUUAAAAACGGAGCAGCCGAAGGUGGUGGUGUUGGCGGCUUAUCGAAACGCGCGCGUUUGACGUUAGAGCUCGUUCUCGACUUGAAGAACAACAAAGUUUCUAAAUCUGAAAGCGACGCUUCGGGUAAAGACCAAUACGGCAUCCCUAUCGCGUUAUCGAGGUGGGUGAAAACGGCCAAUCGCGUUGGCGAAGUCACCGUCGCCUUGCGAGCGCUCACGUACGACAUACUCACUAACAACGCUUUAGAAAAAACAGGUAACUGGUGGUUACCCGAAGCCGCUGGAACGGAAGAGUGGUUCAAGAAACGCAACGCCGAGAGAAGCAGCAACGCAAACAACGACGGCGUCGACGGCAACGAAACGCAACUUUUGCAACUGGCGAAAAAGAUGCGCAUGAACACGGAAACCAGACGCGCAAUAUUUUGCGUCGUCAUGUCCUCGGAAGACUACGCAGAUUGUCUGGAAAGAUUGCUAAAACUACCACUCAGCGGUCAAGGCGACCGCGAAAUCGUCCGCGUCAUCCUCGAAUGUUGCUUGCAAGAAAAAGCGUUCAACCCGUACUACGCCAUCUUGACCUCUAAACUCGUCGAGCGCCAAAAGCGACACAGGUUGACGUUACGUUUGUGCAUUCAAGACCAGCUUAAAGAAAUCAAAUCCGGCGAAAACGAAGAAACCUCGUCCGUUCGUCGCGUGGCCAACCUCGCGAAGUUCUUCGCGCAUACCGUCGCCUCCAACGCGCUCGGUGUGAACGCCUUGCGAAUCUUAGAGAUGAGCGAAUUCGAAAACAUGAACAGUCGAAUCAACCUCUUCAACCGCCUCUUCUGUCGAGCAAUACUCGAAGACCGUCAACGAACGGCUAAAAUUGACCUUCUCUUCGCGAAACUCCGAGAGAAAAAAGAAUACAACGACCUCGCGCGCGAUUUCGCGCGCACCUUCACCUCUCGAGAAAUCACGAGAGGCGUCGAGGACGAAGCCGCGCGCAAACGCAUCCGCGGGAGAGGUUUAGCGUUGAAACAAGUCAUCACCGAACAACACCAACGGUUUGCCACGCGGGAGGAGCAGAGAUGA